CCAUCCUUGGGAUCUGGGCAUUCAAAACGUUCCCCUCAAGCCGCCUUCUCCCCCAGGUAGGGGGUUUCUCCCCCAUACCCCCUGGUUUCUCUCCCAGGCCUGCCCGGAGACCCUCCCUCUUUUCCCCUAACCGGUUGUUUCUUCCCCAGACCGGUCCGAAGACCCUCCCCUUAUUCUCCAGGCCGGACCAGAGACCCUCCCCUUAAUUUCCCAGGCCGGUCCAGAGACCUAUUCUUCCCCAGGCCUGUCCGGAGCCCCUGCCCCCUUUUCCCCUAACCGGUGAUUUCUCCCCCAGGCCGGUCCGGAGACCCUCCCCCUUCUUCCUCCGCACCACCCCGGUCGCCCCCCAGCAACAUGAUUUUGGGGAAGCAGCAGUUGGAAGUCUUGUCCGCCUAUCAGUUUGUGUUGUCCUUUCUCUUUAUGGGCAUUGGCUUUACUCUCCUCCUUGUGUACCUGCUGUUCACUUGGCUGUGGUCCGUUUCGGUCCUCUACCUGAUCUGGCUCUACCUGGACUGGGACACCCCGCAGAAAGGCGGACGUCCCUCGGAAUGGAUCAAGGGUUGGAAGAUUUGGGAGCACGUGCGAGAUUAUUAUCCCGUCAAGCUGGUGAAGACGGCCGAGCUGCCACCCCAGGGGAAGUACAUCUUUGGCUACCAUCCUCACGGGAUCAUGUGCAUCGGCUGCUUCUGUAACUUCAACACCAACACCACCGGUUUCUCCCGCCUCUUCCCCGGCCUCCGGGUUUCCGUGGCCGGACUGGCCGGUCUCUUCAAGCUCCCGAUCUACCGUGACUACCUCAUGAGUGUCGGUCUGUGCCCCGUGAGCAGCGAAUCCCUGGACUUUCUCCUGUCCGGUCCCGGGCGAGGCGGCGGGCAGGCCGUCGUCAUCGUCGUCGGAGGAGCCAACGAGUCCCUCGACGGCGCCCCGGGCGAACACCGCCUCACUCUGCGCAGGCGCAAGGGCUUCGUGCGCCUGGCGCUGAAGCACGGGGCCUCCCUGGUCCCGGUUUACUCCUUUGGCGAGAACGAGAUCUUCUCCCAGCUGGUAUUCAAGGAGGGGAGCUGGGCCCGCAGGCUGCAGCAGGUCUUCAAGAACAUCAUGGGCUUCUCGCCCUGCCUCUUCUGGGGCCGCGGCCUGAUCUGGCCCCGCUCCUGGGGCCUCCUGCCCUUCCGCAAGCCCGUCACCACCGUCGUGGGCCGCCCGAUCCCGGUUCCCCACAGCCCGAACCCGACCCCGGAGGAGGUUAACCACUACCACCGGCUCUACAUGGAAGCCAUAGAGGAGAUGUUCGAAGAGCACAAGGCCAGCUGUGGAGUCCCGCCCGACAAGCACCUUGUCUUCUACUAAGGGUGUGUGUGUUUGGGGGGGGGGUCCUUCUUCCCCUUCCCACUCAAACACCAUUACCUUAAGGACUGCAGCCCCACCUUUACCUCCCCCCGGCCCCGUUUUCCUCAGUCCCUUGUGGAAUUCAGGGAGCAAAAGCCCUCUGGGCUUCUAUGAGCCACGAGAGUGAGCCCGUCGUAUAGACUGUGAGCCCGUCGUCGGGCAGGGAUUGUCUCUAUCUGUUGCCCAAUUGUACAUUCCAGGCGCUUAGUCCAGUGCUCUGCACAGAGUAAGCGCUCAAUAAAUACGACUGAAUGAAUGAGAGGCGUCUCUGGGGCCACCGAGAGUAUGGAAUUGAGGGAUUGCCCUGAGCCCCGGGAGGGAAGACUUGGCUUUUGCUCGGGCAAUAAAGUUGUCUCCCCUGUCAUGGAUAUA